UGCCGCUGCCGCUGCCGCUACCACCGCAGCCGAGGCGAUCGCGGGGUGGGCCUAUUGCCAUCUGAAAACAGCGGCAGCGACAGGCGUGGCCUCUUGUCCGAUCUGAAUCAGAAGCCAUGGCGCUCUGGUGUCGGCCUCGCUGCUGCUGCUGUCCCUGCGCCGCUUCGUCCCGGACAGCGAGACUCUUGAGCAGCUUACGAAGCUGCAGCUUGGAGAGCAUCAGUAGUAUCAGCGGCGGCAGCGGUGGCAGCACUAACAAGCAGCCUGGCGAUGAACUAGCGGCGCCGGCGCUGAAGACAGCCAAAUCUAGUUUUUUAGGGGAAAGACUGUGUCUAUUUUUCCCAAAAAUGUAUAGUAUAUGUUGGCGGUUUGCUAGGUUUCAACAUACAACAGUGCAAACUCAUUUCUUUGGUAAAGCAGUCACCGAUGAACAAUACAAAGAUCCUUUUAAACUUGGAGGGAAAGACCUGAAAAAUUUGUAUGAAGAUAUUAAAAAGGAAUUACGGGUUUCUACUUCAGAACUUAAAGAAAUGUGUGACUACUACUUUGAUGGUAAAGGGAAGGCCUUUCGACCAAUUAUUGUGGCACUAAUGGCCAGAGCAUGCAAUUUUCAUCAUAACAAUUCUGGAGAAGUGAAGGCAAACCAGCGCUCUGUAGCAUUAAUUGCAGAAAUGAUCCAUACUGCUACGCUAGUUCAUGAUGAUGUAAUUGAUGAUGCUAAUUCACGAAGAGGAAAAGUUACUGUUAAUCACAUCUGGGGGGAAAGGAAGGCAGUCUUAGCUGGUGAUUUCAUCCUUUCUACAGCAUCUUUAGUUUUAGCACGUAUUGGGAACACAACUGUCCUUUCUCUAAUAACGCAAGUGAUUGAAGAUCUGGUGCGUGGUGAAUUUCUCCAGCUGGGUUCCAAAGAAAAUGAAAAUGAAAGAUUUUCUCACUACCUCGAAAAAACUUUUAAGAAGACUGCAAGUCUUAUAGCAAACAGCUGUAAAGCAGUUUCCGUAUUAGCCUGUCCUGAUCCAAAAGUUCAUGAAAUUGCAUAUCUAUAUGGAAAAAACCUUGGGAUAGCAUUUCAGCUGGUAGAUGAUGUGCUGGAUUUUACAUCAUGUUCUGAACAGCUAGGAAAGCCUGCAUCAGCGGAUCUUAAACUUGGAAUAGCCACUGGACCCGUCUUAUUUGCUUGCCAGCAGUUUCCAGAAAUUAAUGCCAUGAUAAUGAGGCGAUUCACUUAUCCAGGCGAUGUUAAACGCGCCCAGGAAUUUGUAUUACAGAGUGGUGGAAUACAGCAAACAAACUACCUCGCACAGCGUUAUUGCCAUGAGGCAGUGAAGGAGAUUAGCAAGCUUCGACCAUCUCCAGAAAGAGAUGCUCUUAUGCAGCUGGCAGAGAUUGUCUUGUCUCGGGACAAAUAAUCCUCCUCUUCUUCCUGGUGAUUCUGGCAGCUAUUUUACCAGACUGUGCCUAAAUUGUCUCAGAACAUCUUGGCUUGCUUCUGGUGGAGUUCCCAUUUUUUUAAAAAAAGUUUUCCUAGUUAAGUAACUAGGCUUAUGAAAUGCUUUUAUUGAAGAAAGCCUUAUGCAACGGUGAAACACAAUCAGUCUGUUAAAUUGGUAGCAGCACGUGGUACCUAUGUUUUUAAUGAAGAGGUUUCUGGUUUUAAU